UGCUUUAAAUGAAUGUGAGUAUUCUUUCAUUAAUGGGACGUUAUUUAAUAACUAAUUGCUUUGGGUUCUGUUUUGUUAUCUCCUGGUAUCUUGUACAAUAUACUGCAUAUCCUGAUUUUGUAUAUGUGUUCCUUUCUUCAACAUUUUCGUUCCAUUGAUCGAAUUUAAAAGGGGGAAAUUGAGUAUAAAAAUACUAAAUCUAAUUUAAAUAUAGAUCUCUGAUUUCGUUAUACUGCAAAUCAACGAUCUAUUUUUUAAUCAGAUUGAAUUACUAAAAUGACCUUCUACUUCUUCGUUUAAAUAUUCAAGGAGCUUAACAUUAAACAAAGAAGAUAGACUGGUCUGAAUGUUUGAGAAUUCCGAGUACACAUCACAGAAUGUCUGAUAAAGCAUGACUUUCAAUAAGUCGAUAAAAAAAAUACAAUCCUGGUACUAGUAUCUAUGAUGAAUUUCCCGAGGGUAUCACCAACCCAGUAGUCAGCACUUAUGUGUUGACAUGAGUUAUCAUUGAUAUGUCCAUAAUUAUAAAUUAACUGUUAACAAAAGUUUGAAUUUUUGAAAUACUAAGGCUUUUCUAUCUCAGGAAUAUAUUGCCUUAGCUGUAUUUGGCAAAACUUUUAAGAAUUUUUGGUCCAUUAAUGCUCUUCAACUUCUUACUUUAUCUAUUUUGUAACAUUUUUUAUUCGAGUGUCACUGAUGAGUCUUUUGUAGACAAAACGCGCGUCUGUCAUAAAAAAAAUGCAAUCUAGGUAUCUAUGAUGAGUUAAUUCAAAUAACUACCCCUAAAAGAGAUGAAGAAGGUUUUUAAAACUUAUAAAAUACUAAGCUCUCUAUUCAUAGAUCUCACCCCGUUUCGACGUAUGUGGUUGUGUCUUGAUACAAAUCACAAAGAAAAUAAAAAAAACGUACUCGUUAAAUGGACCUUAUUCAUUAUAGACCCCAUUCACUCUUGAGGACUUUGGAUUCACACAAAAAAUAAUUUGAAAUAUAUGUUGCAGCAUAUACUGUAUAUCCAUUCCCGUUCGGGAUGAAAAUUUCAGGAACUCAAUUUUCGGCUCUCCCUUGACACCAUUUGCGAGUAUGGUCUUGAGGAAACGAUGAUAGUCCGUCGGAAGGGGACGAUAAAUGGCUGACCCGUGUUAAGAGAGAGCCAUAUCUCUUGCACGUUAAAGACACCCUUGUAGAUUUCGAAAAAGAGUAGGCUAAUGCCGCUACAAGGCAGCACUCGUACCCGCAAAGUGGAAAGGGAUUAAUGUAAGUUGCAAAACUUGUUUCCCAAUCCACUAUAAAUAAAUAUGUUUAAACUAAUCUAAACUACUGUAUAUCCAAUUGACAAUGACGUUGUUUAUUUGUUUGCGAGCCAUGAUUUCAAUGUUGCUCAACUUUACGAUCUAAUGAAAGACCAAAUAUCAAUUCAUACAAAAUUGAAUCAUAAAACAGUUACAAAUGACAUAGCUGAAAAUAUGUUAGACCAUUUUUACCCAUAAUCGCAAUUGCAAAUAAAAAAAUAUCAUGGUUCACUUAAAAUCAAACCUCUCAGACACACCAGAACACGGGAGCGCUGAGAGUUUUGAUUAGAAUCAGACUGACUUUACUUUAAAAACGAACUCAAUAUUUAUAGAACAAUAACUCAUGUUUUGAAAAAUGAUUUAUACAAGAAACCGUAUUUUUUUUCAAAUACCACACCUGGAAAGUGGAAGAUAUAAUAUAAUAUAUAUAUAGGAUAAAACAUAUUUGGUUUAGGUAGACGCUGCUGUAAACUUGAUGUAAACUAGUCGAUGGUUUUAAUGACCAAAUUGACACAUAAGUAUCUAAAUUAAGGUAGAUAGGGUGUCUUCCUCCAUCUUGGAUUUUGAAAUACCAGAGAACAAGGUAUAGAUCUUUGAUAAAAUGUACAAAUUCUGAGAUAAGUAGGCAAUUCAUUUGUGAGAUUUUAUAUUAUGAUAUAGAAAAUGCCAUGUUUUAUCAUAUUUAUGGUUGUAUAUCACAUAAAAACGAAUACUUUUGUUUGAUUCAAUGUUUUCAAACUUUGCCUAAUGAGGGGAAACAACUCAAAUACAAGAGCAGACAAUUCAGAUAGUGUUACUUUUACAAUAGAAUGUGUUUGGAAUUUACCCAUUUUACUAUGAAGCAAGAAAACGAGUCCGGUGACCCCGUUUUUUCUUUUUCUUAUCUGAAGGCUUAAUAUUGGAGCUAUCUUCUCAAAUGGUAUCUCAAAAUUCUAUGGUGUAGUUUUCGUUGUAUGGCGUAAAAUUAUGCUUUCCAUGCAUAAUCUACACACAAUCUGACAAUUUUGCACAACCUGAAGUGUGAAGAUAAGUACCGUGACACAUUCUUUUUAUUAAUGUUAUAAACAAGCAAAAUAUAAACUACAUUUUGGCAAAUUAUUAAAAAAUUAUAUGGAUUAUAAUCUUGACACCCCAUCUACCUUAAAGGAAUACAACAGAAUCAUUACUAAGUUCAGAAUGAUUAAAAUAAAAGCUAUUUUUUUAUACUUCCACAAAAAAAAUAUUUCCUUGUCCAUCGUCUUAUUUCCGUAUUGGUAUAUAUGCAGGACAUGCAUUAGGGAAAAAAAUCAUUAUUUAAUAUUUUGUCAUCUUUCUUUCGAUCUUGAAAUUAUUUUUCCUUAAUUUAUAAUAGUUCAUCUAUAAGGAAGAGAUUGACAACUUCGAUAAUGGAAGAAAGUGACACCUGCCCAAUAUGUCUUGAGAGAUUUACAUCUCCAAAGAUUUUAGACUGUAGACACACAUUUUGCUUCAGAUGUUUAAAAGCUUAUUCCGAUGAGAUUGGACCAAAGCUGAACACUUUAUCUUGUCCUCUAUGUCGCACAGAGUGCAAAAUACCAAAUGACGGACUUGAUCGUUUAGUGACAAACUAUUUUGUGAGUGUUUCCGAAGCAGAUAAAUAUUGCAUGAAUUGUCAAAAGCAACUGAAAGAUUCUGUAAGUUGCAAGGAUUGUGGUUUGUCUUUAUGUGGGGUUUGUUCUGAAAAACAUUCCCAUUCUCCAACCAUCAAAGAUAACAACAAUGGCAGUGAAAUGAGUGAAGCCAGAAUAAAUUUCCACGCAUCAUUUUUAAGACGAUUAGGGAAUUUAAAAACAGUAAAUUUUUAUAAGCUGGACACACAUUUUGUUGUUGAAUCACUACCAGAAAACGACUGUCGUAUCAUACAUUCAAUACGACUUGCUUCUUCUGGAAGUAUUUUAGUAGUACCUUCUGGUGUUCCAUUCAUAUUACUUAUGAAUCAAUAUGGGGAAACAGUAGAUAAAAUUCAUACACCACAUCAGUGCAAAGGGAUAUGUGAACUAAACACAGGUGAUUUAUUGGGGACUUUUCCUCUUAAUCGAAUUAUACUUUCCUACAAAUUCGGUAAUUGGUCUACAUUCGUUGAUUGUCCCGAUUUUCUACCCGUUGAUAUAGUUCAGUUAUCAAAUGGAAAUAUACUUACGUGUGGUAAGAAGGUGGAUAUGUCUUUUAUAAGAUCCGGACAGGGAUGUUUACAACUAUAUUCUAGUUUCGGAGAACUUCUUCAAACUCUUGACAGUCAGUUUGGAAUGUUUGAUUUUCCACAUAAAAUUGCAUAUGAUAAGAAGCAUGACGUAAUCGCAAUUGCAGAUAUGGAAAACAAUACCGUUACAAUUGUACAUGAUAAUGAUGGACGGUAUGCAGUAUAUAAGGGUGGUAACAAAACAAUUGAGCAAAUAUCGGGAUCUUCAAUUCUAAUAGAACGGCAGAUAUGUUUUCAUGCUUCAGGGAUUUGUUCUAGCUCUGACGGUAAUUUUAUUAGUAGUACACCUGAAGGCCACCUUCAUAUAAUUAACAAAUUUGGUGAAUUAGUUGCAUUAGGUAUAACAGAUUGCGAGGAUAAAUUUGGAAGAGUAGUGCCAGGUAUAGUAAUAGAUGAUAAUGGAAUCGUAUGGUGCAGUGAUUCUCUUUAUGGCACUAUCAAAACGUUUAAGUUGGAAAGGUUUGGGAAUAAUUUAGGCAACUGAUAUGCUUGUGAUUACAAAUCGUUUGAACUUUAAUUAUAUAUUCCUUACAUUUUUACAAUCUGAUUUAUGUGUCUCAUUUGUUAAUCUUCAAUUUCAAUGUUAUAGGCUAUGUUUUACGUUGAGUCACUCGUGCUGAAAUAGACUAUAGCAUAUUUUUAAGUUGCUAAAUUUGUGAAAUUCAUAAUCUUAUUUAAAUAAAAAUUAUAUGAGGAUUAAUACUCAGUUUAAUAAUUCAAAAAAACUAAUAAAGGAAACUAUUAUUGUGAGAAGAACGAAACUGUAUGUAUCCGAUAUAUUAAUACAAUUGUGUCCUUAUUUGGUUUUGUUUUCAUAAAAUGAAUUGGCAUAUGACAAUUUUAACACCUUAAAAAAUAUAUGCCUACGACAUUUGCAAUCCAAAUAAUAUAUGAAUGUGAGGACCAGUUUGCAAACCUGUAGCUGAACUUGAUCUUUAAAACAACCAAACAACAUCACUGAGACAUGUUGCAUUCAAACAGAUUAAGAGUUUAGUUUUAUUAUAUCAUUACUUUCAGACUGUAUAUUGUUACUUUGCAUUAAAGUAUUGUCACAUAUAACUUGUUAUGUUUACAACAGUAAAAAUCUUUCACAUAAAAG